GGGUGCCCUGAAGUUAAAAAAAAAAAUUAACAUUACUUUUGGAAAUGAAUGCAGAUCUGGUGGAACGUGCAGAAGCAGCCGAACCACAUAUUGGUUUGCCUGCCCGAGGUCUGAAAGGGGGUCAUCCCUAUGGGGCAGAAAUUCAGCAAUUGAUUGAAAACCCAGUUCCUCCUCCAUAUCUUUCAGCACUGGAUGAUGAGCCGCCACCGCUUGAAGGAGGGUGCAUUUGGGUCGAUACUCCCGAAGCGCUUAACGAUCUUGCCUGUCUGCUGGCCAAGGAAGUCGAGUUCGGAGUCGACACCGAGCAGCAUACACGGCGGUCCUUUUUGGGUUUCACUGCGUUGCUCCAGAUAUCUACUGGGACUCAGCAGGACUACAUAAUAGAUGCCAUUGCCCUACAUGACCACAUGCAUGUCUUGAGACCCGUGUUUGCGGACCCAUCAAUUAUCAAGGUUUUUCAUGGAGCGGAUAGUGACGUCUUGUGGCUGCAAAGGGACUUCCAUAUCUAUGUUGUCAAUCUCUUUGAUACAGCCAGGGCCUGUGACGUCCUCGGAAAGCCUCACCGCUCCCUCGCGUACUUGCUGCGCGAAUACUGUUCGGUUAUCUCCGAUAAACAAUUCCAGCGUGCAGAUUGGCGCAUAAGGCCCCUCACGCAGGCAAUGCUGAAUUACGCAAGAACGGAUGCCCAUUAUUUGACGUACAUAGCCGGCAAGCUACGACUGGAACUCUUGCAGCGAGAUCAUCAGAUCCCGAAACUCAACGAUGGCCCGCAUAUCCCCUUCCUGCCGGUGUCGUCAAACCAAAGCGGAGGCGAAGACAACGACGAGCACAUGUCAAUUUAUGAGCCCGACGACGGUGGUGAAAUACUUAAGGGGUCCCCACCAAGGGUGGAGACCCCACCAGGCGGAAGGACAGACGACCGAGAAGAAUGUCGAACAGAACUUGGGACUGACAACAGCACGGCAAACCAGUUGCCGGCCUCGGGGAGUGAAGCAGCGGCCAAGGGCGAAAUUCAAUUUAUUCAGACACAGAAGUCUAUUCCAUCAACUGCUGAGAGCACGGCCGAGGAAGAUGUGAUGCUCAGGUUGACUCGUGCAGGGCAUUCCAGAAAGAAUGUGGAUGACGAGGAGGACGACGGAACUCCCAAUUCAGCGAAGGACAGGGUUAACGAGGACGUUGAACCAAGGUUCAGGAAUAGUAUGUUUGCGCCAGGAGCAGCUGGUCCCGUUUCCAGGGCGGACGACCGAUCUCAGGCAAGCGGAACAAGUUUGUCUAUUUCACGACAGGGGGUCGGAGGGUCUGACCAAAAUGGGCAGUUUGGUUUAGCGUCGUCGACUGCACGGCCGUCUGGCGGACAGGCAUCGAGCUCGGACUCGGGGCUUGGGAAGAGCACCCACUACGUGCUGGCCAUCAGACGAUCUCAUCAGGUUUCCUUGCACUUGUAUGACAAAGAACUAUCUCAUCCGGCUCCAGCUGCGGUGGCAGCUUCCCUGCUAUCGAAAUUCUACAGUGGUUAUACACCUGCAGAAGAGCAACAAUUGCAGCAAGGUGAUGCGUGCUUUCAAGCAGUUGUUAGGAUGCUUUGCAACUGGCGUGAUGAGAUGGCAAGAGUUGAAGAUGAAAGUCUCCGUUACGUCUUGUCAGACACGGCACUCGUUGCAAUUGCAGCCAGGUGCCCUGAAACGCCAGACCUGCUGUUAUCUCUUGUGAUCGCCAGCAAUCGACUUCCGCAAUCCGAUGGCCCUGGCUGCCCGUCCUCAGCCCUUGCAACUCCCUCAUGCUUAUGGGCUGAGUCAGACCCAGCUCCUUCACAUAUUCUUUGGAGAUGUGCACCGCACCUGUGCACAUUGAUUUCGUCCAUACGAAAAGAAUUUGGGACAGCGAAUGGGGCUGAUCUGUUGGGUACAGGGGGACUGAAGAGCGGUGGUGCGGCUGGAGGAGAUGGGGGAAUCGAUGUCGCGGGUGAGGUUGGGCAGGUGUCACUCUGGGGCUGGCUCGGGAUUCGAACUGUCGCCAACAGGAUCAAGGAGAGAGACCGUUUUGUGCAGGAAAAGCUUGCUGGGCUCGGUUGUGAGCGGAAAAUGGGGUCUCGGCGAUGGAAGAAGAGGGAUCAAGCACGUGCUCGCGAGCUUUUUGUUCAGAAAUUUGCUUGCAAAGCUCCUGUCUAUCAUAAUUGUAGGAUCUAUGCUGGCGAUGGAAGACUCCUGUGCUUCUGUGAUAAGAAGAAACUGGACUGGUACGUACAGAGAGGGUUGGCAGAGCUGACCGGCGAGGAUCCACCAGCUGUGAGGCUUCUAUUCGAGCCAAAGGGCAGACCAGAAGACGAAAACAACGAGUUCUACAUCCAGAGCAAAUCCAAUCAGUGUGUUGUGUGUGGUGAAAGCACACACUACUUGCGCUAUCGCAUCAUCCCAUCCUGUUAUAGGCAGCAUUUCCCCGAGCGCUUGAAAAGUCAUCGUUCUCAUGACAUUGUUCUCCUUUGUGUCGACUGCCACGAAUUGGCACACAAGGCUGCCGAGAAAUAUAAACGCCAGGUGGCUCUGGAAUUUGGAGUUCCACUGGUUCCUGCAAGGAUACAGGACGCUGGGACCACCACAGGGACCCAGUCUUUUGUGGAGGGAGAGAUUCGCGAGGGGGUUCCGACAACCGAAGGUGGUGUUAAUCCUACGGUUCUGAGGAGGGCUGCCACAGCACUCUUGCGCCACGGGAAAAACAUGCCUCUCGAGAGACUGAACGAACUGCAAGAUGUGUUAAGAGAAUACUACGGUCGGGAGGAGAUCCGGAUGGAGGAUGUAGAGAAUGCAAGGCUCGUGGGAAUGGGCCCGAGAGGUCAGAAAAGGUGCCACAAGCAUGGCAACGCGGGGCUUCGUCCCACAAAGGGGUCGGUGGCGACGGAGCGCCAUUCCUUCUGUGAGGAGAAGGAAACGAAAACUCUGGAGAUGAAAGCUCACGAUGUGGUGUUCGGCUAUUCAACAGGUAGGCAGCAGCAUGGUCAACAGGCAGAGGAUAUCCGGAACGACGCCGAUGACGAGGCAGGCUUUGUGAGUGCGGGCCAGGGGGGGGCGUACGCUCCUCCCGCAGGCGCGACGCAGCAGAGGGAGCACGGAAGCGGCGACGGUCGGCACCCGGCAGCCGCGGGAAUGGCGAGAACAACAUCGCGAGCCCCAGAAAGUGAGCCCGAUGCGAAUCGGGGUGACAUAGAGGAUGCAGGAGGGGAGGAACAGGCCUGCGAUGGAAAGAGCAACGGUUCAGGCAGCCAUGAAGUGAUGGAGAUGCAAAGCAGCAGGGGAUGGCAUCGAAAGGAAGCUGUCUUGGGCCAUGGACAUCAUGGGAAGAAAGUGGUGGAGAUGUUAAUAAGACAAGGAGGAGAUGAUGCGCUGCGCCAUUUCGUGCGAAGAUGGCGAGAAGUGUUUGUCGAGUCGCUGAAACCGAAGUUCCUCCCCUCUGCAUGGGACAUAAAGCACAGUGGUCGGCGGGAGUUUGGAGAAUACAGUGUGUACAAUCCAGAACGAAAAAACAUCAAUCGAACUGUCGUCGGCAGCACUGUCACUGCCACUACCAGCCCAGAGACAGCACAGCCGCAGGACGGCACAUCUGGGACUGAUGACAGAGGCACGACCGAGGCCCGAAGAAAGAGCAACUGGAAUCCUGUUGACGUCAACGGGGCCUCUGGGGUUGCAGAGCAGCUGCAGCAGUGUGAACCCGACGAGUUUGCCCCCCAUGGGGACGAUGUUGGCACCCCCCAUGGAGAUGAUGUUGACACCCCCCAUGGGGACGAUGUUGACACCCCCCCUGGGGACGAUGUUGACACCCCCCAUGGGGAUGAUGUUGACAACCCCCAUGGGGACGACGUUGACACCCCCCAUGGGGACGACGUUGACACCCCCUAAGAGGAACACUAUUGGGGAAGACCUGGAGCAUAAGCAGGACGGGCAGUCAAGCUCCGCCAUUCAUGUGAACGUGAAUGGGCCCAGUUUCGCUGAAGAGACGAUGACGACUCAGCAGUAGUCGCAAGGAGGGAGGUCGUCUGCAGGGUCAACAAGGUUGCGUAAGUCAGGUCUUGAUUAUGAAAUCGCGGCAACGUGUUUUCGAAACACACAUCAUCUCGCGAACCCGGGGAGAAAAUGAAAUUGGGCUUCUUGGGGGUCGGCAGGCUUUGCCACGCACUGAAUAUAUGAAGUCGUGAACCAGAAAAGGGGAAAAGAUGAACAAUCAGGAAAGGGGAAAGAUGAACCAGAAAAAGACUUAAACCGCCAGUACAUGGCCCCAGCCUUGCUAAAGGAACUCGUCGCCUGGUCCGGAAAGUUCGAGGGCCGGCGCGCCGUCGAUAAAAAGCAUUCGCAGCCGGCGUCUCAUUUUCGCGUCCAAAAGGGGCCCGCGCCCGAUGUAUGGCGUGUACUGGUGGUUCAAGUCCAUCAAUUUACUCUGGUUAACUGUCGAUGUUGGCAUCCGCCGGAAGAAGACUCGGAAACUCUGUUAGUGAAAGGAAAAUGACUAAGUCCAUCAAUUUACUCUUCUCAGUGCUGCUAGGGAAAGGGUAAAAAAAGACUAGCGAAAGGAAAAUGACUAAGUCCAUCAAUUUUCUCUUCUCAGUGCUGCUAGGGAAAGGAAAAAAAAAAGACUAGCGAAAGGAAAAGGACCGAGUCCAUCAAUUUACUCUUGUGAUUUGUCAAUGGACCGUAUCAGCAUCCAUGUGAACUUUGUCAGCGAAAGGACUCCAGGACUCCAUAGCACACGGCGUACCACACGGCAUAUAGCAUACAGUAUAGCACAUGGAUAGCGCACAGCAUAGCACACAGAUAGCACACAGAUAGCACAUGGCAUAGCACGCGACAUAGCACAUGGAGGCAUGAUCCGCGGUGCUGUCUGCAAGCUCUCUUGUCCAUAGCUGUGGACAACAACCCAAAGUAUCUGUUUUGGAUUUUUGGGCCAGACAAGGCAGUUGCUGACGUAUUGAAGGUCAUGCGUGAAAGGGACUCGGAAUAGGAAUUAUAGGAUGCUGUGUGCCAAUUGACAAGGUCCAGAUUCAAAGGUUGAGGGAGUAGCAUUGGUUUUGCAAAAAAAAGCAUGGCCUCUCCGGCAUCUCCGAGAUUCCGCAGUGCUAUCCUAGAGAUGGAAGCUGAGCCUUGCUGUUUGCUGGAGGCGGUGGCUGGAUUUUCACCAAUUGAGCUUUUGACGAUAAGGACAUGUUUGCGUUCGAUGGGGAAGUGUUUUGAAUCCAACUUCUCAUGUGACGACGAGGGAUUCUGUGCAUGCCGCUGUUUUCAAGUGUUUUGGAUUUGGGCCGACCAAGAGCAAGUACACUGGAUAGUGAGUGGUGAAGUGAUUCUGGCUGUAGCACACAGUAUAGCACAUCAUGCCACAUGUCAUAGCACAUGGCAUAGCACAAAGCCUGCUACUGUCUUCACCCGAAUAGGACCGCCCGUCAUUAGAGCCAUAUUCAGUGCACUUUUCAGUCCACAUACAGCUAUAAUGACCGGGCGUGCUAUUCGGGUGAAGACGGUACAAGUAAUGCCACCAUUGCAUUCACAGGUAAUUGUGUAUCUAUCCUGUGUGAUACUUUUUCAAAUGUGUGAUCAGGGCUAAGUGAGGCCAUCCUCACACUAUGCCUUUUGGGACUGACUCUGGCUGUAAGGGAGGUCCUGUACAUGCAGGCAAGUCGUAGUGUGAAAACGCCCUGAGAACGAAUACAUCAGCUGAGCUGCCAGCCAUGCCAACCACGCUCGAAUAUCAUUUGUGCAUUCAUCUGUGUACAGAAGAGCAUCUUCACUGCUACAGAAGCGCACCUUUACCUGACCGUUCCUAGAUAAAGUUUUCCCACUGUG